AUGGCCGCCGCGCACCGCCUGCUCGUCGACAUCCACACGCAUGUCUACCUCCCGCGCUACGCCGCGUUCCUCCGGAGCCGCACCUCUGUCCCGCGCAUCUUCACGCGUACCUCAGCUGAAGGCAAACCGGAAGACCGCCUCCUCAUUCUCGACGAUGAGCCCAGCGAGGGGCGACCGAUCGGCUCACAGUACUGGGACAGAGAUGAGAAGCUCAAGUUCAUGGACCGCCAUGCCAUAGACGUCUCUGUUGUGAGCUCGGCCAACCCAUGGCUCGACUUCCUCCCCGCCCCCGAUGCACACAAGCUCGCCGAAGAGCUGAACACCGACAUGGAGGACUACUGCUCCGCCGGUCCCUCGUUGGCCGCGCUCCCCAGCGCGAAGCGCCUCUACGGCUUCGGCCUGCUCCCGCUCGUCCCUGGGGCAUCCGCCGACUCGCUCGUCUCCACCGUCGCGCAGAUUAGCAAGCUCCCACACUUGAAGGGCGUGAUCAUGGGCACGCGCGGGCUCGGUAAGGGCCUCGACGACGACGCGCUGGAGCCAGUGUGGGGUGCGCUCGAGAAGGCGGGCCUUGUCGUGUUCCUCCACCCACACUACGGCGUGGACAAGGACGCAUGGGGCGCGCGGGAUAACGGACACGUCCUCCCGCUCGCCCUCGGUUUCCCCUUCGAGACCACGGUGGCAACGACACGCCUGAUCCUCUCGGGCGUGCUCGACCGCUACCCAGCCCUGCGGCUGCUCCUCGCCCACUCCGGCGGCGCGCUCCCCGCGCUCUCCUCCCGACUCUCCUCCUGCAUCGAGCACGACCCCGUCGUUGCCUCGCGCCUCACGCACGAUGCACGCUACUACCUCGGCCGGCUCUACUUCGACGCGGUCGCGUACGGCGCGGAGGAGCUCGGGUUCGUGAGCGACACCAUUGGGCGCGCCGACAAGUACGUGACCGCGGGCACGUCCGCCGCGGCGUCGGGCGCGAACGCGGUGGACAGCGUAGGGCAGCGGAGGUUGGGUAGCGGGCGGAUGCUGUUUGGCACGGAUCACCCGUUCUUCCCGCCGUUGGGGGAGACGGAGAAGUGGAAGAGUGUAGUGGAGAAUCUGGAGGCGAUCGAUGGUGUGUGGGGGUGGACGGAGAAAGAGAAGGAUGCAGUGAGGGGCGGGAAUGCGUUCUCGUUGUUUAGCUUGGGUUCGUGA